CCUCGUCGAAAUGACGACGCGUAUCCUCUCGUUGCUCGUGUUGUGCGCGAUGAUCUGCCAGAUCUGUCUCGCGAAACCGACCCAAGUGUUGUUGCACAGCCAGGAGUCGUUGAGCCCUGUAAAAGAAGCGACAUCCGAAGUUGGUAACAAGAGGGAUCAACGAUCGCCGCAAUUCGGAUUCCUCAAUGAAGGAUUCUCGGAUUCGAUCCUAUCGAAGCCAGCGUAUCCAGAGCCUGUAAUUUAUCCAGCACAGGGUAGCGUAUCGGAAUCUUUCGCGGAAUCUUCCGCAGAAUCCAUCAACACGAAUGGAGGUGUUUCCAUAGAGGAAAGUCAAGCGAACGCGGAGAGUGCUAGUUUUAAUUUCGGCCCGUACUCUGCGUCUUUCAACGUUGCCGAAUCUUCCUCGGGAAGCCAAAGCUUUUAAGACGUUCAACAUUCACUUCGCCCCUCCCAGCCGCGAACGGAUCGCCUCCGAAAUUCGUCUAAUCCAAGAUGGCGUCGAUCGUCUAUCCGUUGUUUACAAACAUUCUGCAUCACUAUGGAUAAAUAGAGGCGAGCAGCCUGGCCGAAGAAGGCCAGGUCCACCCUCCUGAAGAUUUCCUGAGGGCCCCGGGUUCCCUUUGUCCGAACGCCAGAUGUUCCCGCGAAUAAAACCGAUAAAAUAUCGCGAUGCGGUCCUCUCGUCGGCGGAGGGACGAGGAGAAAGGAGGAGGGCUGGGGAUUAAACGGCACAAAGGAAGGCGAAAAAAAGAGGAAGAGGGCCCCUGUAACAAAAAAAAAACGAAAAAAGAAGAGAGAGAGAGAGAGAGAAAAGAUGCGAACACCGAAAAUCGGGAUCCGUGCAGGGAGGCGUGCAAUGACCGGGAGGGAGCCGAUUCGUGAACACGCGUGAUCCUCCACGCUAUCCAUCCGUCUGGAACUUUCUCCGCUGAGAAAGCUUGUUUCAUUGAGAAUAAAAAGCUCUUGGAAUCGAA